GCUCUCGUGUCGUAAAUCCCGAAAGCCGGGACUUUUAUGAGGCGGGAGGAGGGCACUGGAGCGGUGCCACUUCGGGGGGCAGGGAGCGAGCUGGAGUUUCGGCUGAGAUUUGUGCAAAAUGUAAGAGAAGACCCAGAGUUGAAGCCACCUUCAUUGAUCUCUCCCUCUCACCCACAACACUGGCUGCCAGAAGGUUCCCGUGAGGGUCGGGCAGGCAGGAGCUCCGAGCCGUGGGGAGCGCGAGACCGUGGGGAAGGCGCCGGGCUGCACCCCACUAGCCCUGAAGGCAAAGGUGGAAUCAGCUCUCACCUCUGUUAGAAAAGCGCCUCCUUCGACCUUGCAGAGGACACCACUGAGCUGAGAGGGGUGUUAAAGGUCCCACCCCACAGCCAGGGAGCAGCCCCGGGGGAAGCUGGGGCACCAAGUUUAUUUUCGGAAGACGCCUUGACAGCGUGGGAGUCAACUUUGGAUGAGUAACCCCAGUUGUUUCUUCCUCCAGUGGCAUCUUCCACGUUAGCCCCGAGACCUCUUAUGCGCCUUCGGUCCUCCCCCACCCCUAACAGAAUCUUUGGUCAGGAGCCAGUUUCCUUCGGAACUCCCCUUCCCCAGGCCUUGGGGGUGGGGCGCGGGAUGCGCUAACACCCUGCCCGGCGCCUCCAAGGGGGGAGAGGUUGUAAUUAACCAACCGACUUUGACCCUUGAUCUGCAGGUUCCCCUGCAUCGCCCCGGGCCUUGUAGGAGAGUGGUGAAAUAAGGGCGGUGAGGGGCCCUGUGAGGGCUCUUGCCUCGGUUUCUCUCCUGAAUAAAUUGUUGGAGACUGUGGGUGUAGUGCUGGCCAGACGACCGUCAGGAUCCUAUGGCCUACAGGACUGGCGGGGUGUUUCACAGCUUAGCCUUAUCUCAAGUGCCUAGGCCCCUAUCUACAGCCUCCUUAAAAGGUGGGAAUGCGCCAGCAGUCCUGAUGACCCCAGUGGGGAAACUGAGACAGAAAGAGAAGUGAGCUGCCUCUACACUGGAGGCGGAUCAGGGUGUGGGCCCAGGAUUCUGUGUAUAGUUUCUCGCUUCUCCAAGUUCCCCGGGGAGUUGAUCCGUGUUCCACCUCCAGAAGGGCCAUGUGAGUGGGUGAGGGACGGGAGCCCCCUUCCUUGCUCCUGCCUCCUCCCUCACCUGUGUCUGACUUGCUGCUUAGCUGCUCCUUGGGAUCUGAUAAACCGAACUUGGACUGUGUUAAAGUCAGCCUAGGCUUCUGCCCACCACAGCCCUACAGGGAGCCAGAGCCAUCAGUGGCCGAACCCCCUUCUUGCCCCCUGGCUUUGGACAUGAGCCUUCGGGACUCCAGCUAUAGUGUGACCCCAGGGCCCUGCGUGGUGGCCCAGCUGCCCUCCGAAGACACGAGCCGCCUGGCAGACCCACAGAGCAGGGACCAUGGCUUCCUGCGCACCAAGAUGAAGGUGACCCUAGGGGACACUCCCAGUGGAGACCUCUUCACCUGCCACAUCUGCCAGAAGGCCUUCACGUACCAGCGCAUGCUGAAUCGCCACAUGAAGUGUCACAACGACGUCAAGAGGCACCUCUGCACUUACUGCGGGAAGGGCUUCAACGACACCUUCGACCUGAAGAGACACGUGCGCACCCACACUGGCGUGCGGCCCUACAAGUGCAGCCUGUGUGACAAGGCCUUCACGCAACGCUGCUCUCUGGAGUCUCAUCUCAAGAAGAUCCACGGUGUGCAGCAGAAGUACGCGUACAAGGAGCGGCGGGCCAAGCUGUACGUGUGCGAGGAGUGCGGCUGCACGUCCGAGAGCCAGGAGGGCCACGUCCUGCACCUGAAGGAGCACCACCCUGACAGCCCGCUGCUGCGCAAGACCUCCAAGAAGGUGGCCGUGGCCCUGCAGGACACCGUCACCUCCCUGCUGCAGAGCAGUCACCACCUCUGAGCAGCGGCGCCCCGGCCUGGGCAGCCCGGAGGAGGCGAGGGCCGCCUCCCUGCCCCCCCGGACAGCCCGCCCUCUGCGGCCUCCUGCCGGAACGCCGGUGACCAGGCGUGGAGCCCGCGGGCACGCGUGCUCGCUCAGGCCGGCGCUGACCUCUGCUCGCAUUUGCGUCGGUGUCUGGGGGGCAGAGGCCGCUCUGAGCCCGGGCAGACAUGUGUAACUGUGGGGCAGGGUGGGGCGGGCCAGGGCUGCCUUCGAUUUGAAGCAGCUCGGGUCCAGAGACAGGACUUCCUUCCCAGAGGAGGUACGUGAGGGCGAUCCUGUUGUCCUCUGCUUCCGGAGCAGCGGGGGGAUGGGGGGCUGCUGGUCCCCCGUAGAUGGCAGAGUCAGGUGCCCCGGCAGAGGGCACCCCUGCAAACAACAGCCGUGCAGGAGUUGGCGGCGGCCCGCCCGGCCAUGUUUCUCGCGGUCAGGGCUGCAGGGGCGCUGCGGGGCGCCGCUCUUCGACAGGGAGAUGCACGCGUGUGUGCACAGCCGUGGACGUGCGCGCAUGCGGGAGGCCUUGCCAUAUAUCACCUCAUUUUUAAGAAAUCAACUACAAGGUGCCAAGGAGGUUUUAUUUCCUUUUUUAAAAGAUGACAUAUGUACAGAUAGUAAUAUAUUUUUGGUGCCGAUGGCGACUAUUUUAAGAGAGGGUGGAGCUGGCUUUUCUCCUCCCCACGCAGUUCUAUUUAUCCUGGACAUUUCACACCUCCUCUGUGCCUUGGCUCUGGGGUGGCUGCCCUGACCCAGCCCCACCCCUCAUACCUCCUGAGAUAUUUAACCUAAGACUUUCCUCCAGCCCUGCCUGGAGGAGGGUGUACUGCUCUCUGCUCUCCCUCUUCUGCCGGGACGGCCGUCACAUCUUCUGCUCUUCCCUCCCCGUGUCUCUGCCUCCCUCCCACAUCCUUUCAAGGCAAGUCUCAGGGUGACCGAGAGCCUCCUGGUCUACUGAAAACAGACCUUUUGCGGAACGACUCACCAUUCCGGAGAUCCGGGGUGGGGGGCGUCCAGCUGCGGCCGCAGGGGUCAGCCGGGCGGGGUGGUGAGGCUGUGAUGCGCCCAGAGUCCACUGCCUGAAGUAACAGCAAGAGUGCAGGGCCAGGCCGCGAGGCCUGCUCUUUUCCUGGGAGAGUCAAAAACCCUAGGGCGGGAGCAAAAAUAUUGGGACAGAAUAAUAACCAGACACAUCAGAAACUUCUAGAGGGAGGACAGUAUUAGAUGGUUAACAGGUUAUAUUUGUAGCCUUUUUCCUGAAUGUUUGGCAAAUGGCGAGGCUGGGUCUUGAGCACCUAAGGAGGGAGCCACCCCUGGCUGGUUGGCUCCACCUGAGGGACUCGGCCAGGCUCCCUUGGCUUGGCUGGGCUUCCUGCUAAGAACACGAAAGGGGUGUGGGUCAAAAGGGAAAGACGGGCAGGGGCCGGAGCCAGCCUGCCGAAGAAUGAGAAGGCAAACUCGAAAGAACACAGAACAGAGCAGGUGAAGCCGCCCCGUGAAGCCAAAGCCCAGGCGGAACCAGCCUUGGCCUCUCCUGCCCGGAAAGGGCAGCAUCUGCACAGUCCCCGGAUGCAGGGAAGGAGCCUUCUCUGACCUCCCUCUGAAUGUGUAUGGAUUGUUCUGGAAGACGCUCGUUUUAGUUUACUUUAGAGUCUGUGGGAGCUGCUGUAUUCUGGAAGUUGUAUAGCAUAAACUAACAUUCUCUGGAAGCCUUGUCUUGUUUACAUUUCUGUAUCCCUGUGUUCAUUGCCUGUUCAUUGUUCAUCUCUGUGUUCAUUGCCUAUCUGAGGCAGUCACAAAGCUCUGUGUUGUCUGUUUUAUAACUUUCCCCUCAACUAUCAAAAUAAAGAACUAUCAUUUUCUGUGUU